CUGCUGCCCAUCCACCGGAUCUGGGGGAGGGGGGGGGAAAAAAAAAGGAGGAGGGAGGACCCGGUUCCAAGUGGGAAGAAGCUUUUUUUUCGCUGUCCCCGAAGACUGCGGGCGGUGAACACAACUUCGAGCUGGAACCACUCACGUAAAUAGGACACUCGAAAAUGAAGGCAGCUGAUGAGCCUGCCUAUUUGACAGUGGGAACCGAUGUUAGUGCCAAGUACCGUGGUGCCUUCUGUGAGGCAAAGAUUAAGACCGUGAAGCGGUUGGUAAAGGUCAAGGUGAUCUUUAAGCAUGACAGUUCCACACAAGUUGUGCAGGAUGACCAAGUAAAAGGUCCUUUAAGGGUUGGAGCGUCAGUAGAGGUGAAAGGUUCUGAUGGUUGCUCCCAAGAAGCCAUUAUCAAUAAACUAACCGAUGCCAGCUGGUAUACUGUAGUGUUUGAUGAUGGAGAUGAAAGGACACUUAGACGUACAUCACUGUGCCUGAAAGGAGAGAGGCAUUUUGCUGAGAGCGAGACCCUUGAUCAACUGCCUCUGACAAAUCCAGAACACUUUGGUACCCCAGUCAUUGGGAAGAAAACAAACCGAGGAAGGCGAUCCUCCUCUGCUCCUGUCCCUGAGGAUGAAAGGGAGGAAGAGCCAAGUGAAGAUGAAGAUGAUGACAAGAGGCGUCUUAAUGAUGAACUUUUGGGCAAAGUUGUAUAUGUCGAUGAUAAUGGGGACAAGAGAAAGGGCUGGUAUCCAGCUUUGGUGCUUUCUCCAAGUUGCAGUGAUGAAAUCACUGUGAAAAAGGACCAGUGUUUAGUGAGAUCCUUUGCAGAUUCCAAAUUCUAUCCUAUAGCAAGAAAGGAUAUUAAAGAGCUUGAUUGGGACAAAGUUUCAAAACCAGAUCCUAUUGUCAAACAAGCGCUUGAGGAAGCUCACGAAUUCCAUGAGAAACGAAUAGUUCCUGAAAGUUGGAAGGUGGACAUGAGCGUCAUAUUAGAAUCCUCGAGUAGUGAUGAAGAGGAGGAGGAUGAGUCAGAGGAUGAUGAAGGCAAUGAGGACAGGAAACGGGAGCUUUCACGAGGCAGAAGGCUCAUUGUGUGGUCAGAAGAAGAGCUUGACCCAGAGGAGAGAGACAACUUUCUGCAGCAACUCUACAAGUUCAUGGAGGACAGGGGAACCCCUAUCAAUAAACCACCUGUACUGGGCUACAAGGAUCUGAAUCUCUUCAAGCUCUUCAGACUAGUGUAUCGACACGGCGGUUGUGACAGUAUUGACAGCGGUUCUGUAUGGAAACAAAUAUAUAUGGAUCUUGGAAUUCCAAUUCUGAACUCUGCAGCCUCUUACAAUGUAAAGACUGCGUACAAAAAGUAUUUGUAUGGCUUUGAGGAAUACUGCCGAGCAGCUCACCUUCGCUUCAGGACCAUUCAUCACAUGGAACCUAAAGAAAAAUCUAUGGAAAAGAAAGAGGAAGAGAAUGGAAGAUUUUAUCCAAAGAAAAGCCCUACAGCUUUAGAUAAAAGAACAGAUAUUGAACAGAAAAAUGACACUGAUUCCAACACCGCACCUGAAAGUGACAAGGACGAGAAAGAAGUGAGGUCGCCAAGAGGUCGGAGGAGAAAUGCAACACCUGCCAAAAAGGAAGGCAAAGAAAUAAAAAAGGAAGUAAAAGGGAAUGAGGAAAGUAAUAAAGAAAAUGAAGAUGUUAAGGAGGAACAAAAGAAACGGGAGAAGGAGGCUGACACGGGACAGCAGAUGAACAUAUCCACACCCAAACAUAAAGCUGAGAAGAGUAAAAAAGUAGAAUCCGAGGAGGAAGAUGACGACAAGGAAGAGAGUGAGGAUGCACAAAAAGGAAAGGAAGAGAGUGAAAAUGAGGAGGAGGAGGAAGAGGAAGAGGAGGAAGAGGAAGAAGAGGAGGAAGAUGAACUUGAACGAUAUCCAUCUGGGACCAAGGUUAAAGUAAAAUAUGGACGAGGGAAAAAUCAAAAAAUCUAUGAAGCCAACAUUAGGAAUUCUGAACUUGAUGAUGGCGAGGUUAUCUAUUUAGUGCAUUAUUAUGGCUGGAAUACAAGAUAUGACGAGUGGGUGAAAGGUGAUCGAAUUAUCUGGCCUUCAGAUAGAGGUACACCAAAGGGAAAACACAGAAGAAAAGUAAAGAAUAAACAAAACCAUGAUAAGGAUGAAAAGAAAGAAGAGGAUAAACAAAAUAAAUCAAAACGGGGCCGUCCAUCGCUGAAAUCCACACCUACUGCCAAUUCACAACGUAAUUCACCCAGAACUCCUGGUAGCGACGGGAAAAGUGGAACGAGGAGUAUGCGGAAUAAUGUUUCUGAUUCAUCGCCCCUUCUCAAUGGAGUGGAAGGAAAGCCACGGAGACGCACAAGACGUAGUUCAGGGAUGUGUGAUUCAGACAAAGAGUCUGCCAACUCUUCAGAUGAAAAUGAAGUAGAAGCGUCCGUGAACCAAUCUGUAAAAGAGGAGGUUGUUUCCAUAAGUACGGUGGAUGAAGAUGAUGAGGAGCUUGAGGAAAAAAGGCCUCGGGAUAACUGCUUGCAUGAAAUCAGGGGGUUGCAUUGUGUUGAGAACACGGCAUCUUUGAACCAAGCGAUAUCAAGCACAGAGCAAACUGCAGACAACGAUGAGAAAACGAUCAUUCCAAUUGAGGAGGCACGAAAAGAGAUUGAGGAGAGGUCACUAAAGGGCAAAGGAAGGAGAAGUAAGACCCGGGACACGUUGUCGGAAAAUAAUACCAUCCCUGUUAACCACGUGGUGACAAUAAGUGAAAUCAGAAAAGACGUGGAAGAAAUGGAAAGUUCCGAGGCCAAAGAGCUGCCUUUCCCUAGUGCUCCUGAAGAAGAAACUGAAGUUACAAAUACUGGUUUGUCAAAUGAGCUUGGACAUGAUGAGAAGAAGCCAGGGAAAAGAAAAUCUCCCGAGCUUUCAACGCCGGAGAAGAGGCUUCGAAUGGAGAGUGAGGAAGUGAUGCAAACUGCAGAAAGUGAAGAGGUGAACAGAAUAGAAUAUUCCGCACAAGAUUGCAAAGAGUGCAAGACCUUUGAGGAGUUAGAAUUGAAAAAUGAUGAAGCCCCCACUUUAGAGAUGGUGACAGAAGGAUGUGCGAAGGAUGAAUUCAAAGGUCACGGUGAAGAAACCGAAGAGGAUAUUGCGUCAAAAAACGACGAAGACGACAUGAUGCCUCAGAUUGGUCCGGAAGCUUUAGUCUGCCAUGAGGUGGAUUUAGAUGACUUGGACGAAAAAGAGAAAAGUAGCAGUGAAGAUACAGCUGCAGGAAACUCUAGACCCAGUACUCCUGAAUUGGUUGUCACAGUCAUGGCUGGUUCAGUGCCCCAGGUUUUGCCAAUGGCUUCCCCACCACCCUUUCAUCAAGAUGAGGUGCGCAGUGUGAAAAGCGAGAGCGACAUGACAAUUGAAGUGGACAGUGUGGCUGGAGAAUCGCAGGAAGGAUUGUGCGAGAGCGAAUCUGCCAAUGGUUUCGAUGCCAGUACCAGCUCGAGCAGCAGCAUCACAGUUCAAGACAAUGAGAGCAAAGAGAAAGGUCACAAAAGAAUAUGUGACAGCGGCAGUGUGACACCGGCAAAGAAACAAAAGCGGAAUCAUAAGCGGUCAACCGUGUCCAGCAAGAAUGAAAAGAAUGGAACAGGUAAUAGCAGUGACAGUGAGGACCUUCCCGUCACAGACGCCUCCAAUAAAUGCACUCCAGUUAAGAGCUCAAGCAAGUCUCAAAAGCUUGGCAGAUCUCCUUCAAGGAUGACUUCUCCUAACAGCAAAGAUGGGGAUAAAGAGAAAGAUGGACGUGACAGUGCAUCACCCAGGACGUACAAAUGGAGUUUCCAGCUCACUGAUCUUAACAACUUGACAAGUGGAGAACGGAUAUCCUUCCUACAAGAUAAACUGCAGGAGAUCAGAAAAUACUACAUGUCCUUGAAGUCUGAAGUAGCGUCUAUAGACAGAAGGAGAAAACGGUUAAAAAAGAAAGAGAGAGAAGCAGUUACACCUGCAGCUGUAGGUACAUCCUCUGCCUCUUCAGAAACUGGUAUGAGUCCUCCUUCCUCUGCUUCACCAGCCCAGAACAGUGUGGCAGUAGAAUGUAGGUGAUGAAACGCCCCCCCCCCACACACCCCUCUUCCCCCAGCAAUCUGCUGCCAUAACACAAGUGCUAAAAUAUCUUGGAACAUUAGCAUAGGAAGCACUUAGCUGAUUGGACUUGUGUAUUGUCAGUGGGAUUUAAAUGGACCUUUCCCAGUCCUGGUUAACUUCCAGUUCCUUUUAACACUGCAAGGCACAGAGUUGAAUGUAAUUUGAGAUGAGUGGAGAUGAGCUUCAUUAACGACUACUGUCCACUCUAUUACAUGAAAAGGCACUUUGUAGAAACGGCCUCUCAGUGAUUUAAUGAAAUGAAUGUGACCAUUUUCCUCAGAAGACUCGCCCAGAAUAAUAAGUGCACCAGAAGAAAGCUUUGUUGGUUAUGGAACAGAAGAUGCCCACUACGAGCCCAGUCAGCUCAGUUCAUUCGUUGGGUAGUCGUUCCGAUUCAGUCUUAGUUGUGGGAGCAUUAGCAAUGUUGAACUGCCAAAGUACACAUUGAGCAGAGUGCCCUAUUUUGUGUAAUGUGGAAACGAGAUGAAAUAGAUUGUUACAGGAAAUUUAGUUUACUGAAAACUGAAACUAAUGGAGAAAAAAAAGUCUUCCGCUUUUUUGCUGUUGAAUUUGAGCACACUGUUAUGCAAGUGAGAUUUCUUAUUUAAAUUUUUGUAAUGUUUACAGUCCCGUUGGAGAAACUGGUUUUCAGUAGACUAAUUUCUGCAGCAACACUAACUUGUCUCUUUUUAUAUGUAAUUGCAGAGUUUUUAUUUUAUUACAAAAAAAGUUUCAAAAAUAUAUCACAACAAUGAAGUUAUUUAACAGAAAAAUUUCUAGACCUGAGAAUUUUGUGUAAAAUAAAAAAAAUUGUAUUAUCUUGCAACUUGUGAAGUAUAUUUAUUCAGACAAGGCAAUGGACAUAAAACUUGUAUUUUUUAUGUAUUUUUAAAACCAGAAAGAAAAGAUGAUAUUUUCAGACUUGGUUCCGUUUUCCAGGUUUGUUCACUCAUUUCCCAAAAUGCUGCAAACCUUGAAUUACGAUUUCAAUCAUUUUGAAAGCAGGGUCGCCUGUCUUGAAUUUCAUAUCCUGAGCACUCAGUUGUCUAGCUUUAUGGUCACACUGCCUAAUGGUAAAUUGUACUUACUAUAGUUGCCCUAUUAAAGAAGGCUGGUUGGUCCAUUGGUCCAGCUUCUGUUACCGUACGUACCCAGCAAGUUGUGCAACCUACAUAUUUUUUCUUUUUAAAAAGAAUUGUACGAGAAUGGCAAUGACAAAACAAACUACAGUUACCAUUAGAUGGCUGUGAACGUUUUUCAGUCCAUGGGUAGAGCCAUGGGGAACUACUUUGCAUAAUUUGUAUAUAUUUCAACUCUUCCAGAACCAUGUAUUUAAAGAAUACAGUUUGCACAUACAUUGUGUAUAGAUGUGAUUAUUUUAUCAAUUUUUAUCCAUACCUGAACUGUACAUUAAGGAAUUGGUGUCCCUUUCCAAUGUUUGUUAAUAUGCUGUAGAGUAAUAGCGUGAAUGCUCUAGACUGUUUGUAUAUUAUGAUACUGUGGUUCAGAACAGCAGUGGGCCUGAGGUGGAUUGUAAUAGUAUUCCAUAGAACUGCUAACAAAUCAAUGUCCAUUCAUCUUAUGUUUGAUUUUUUUUUCUAUUUCUUGACAGCAGUGUGAAAUUGUAGUAGUUAAUACAAUGGACUUUUUCUUCCACAUUUGUAGUGGGGGAGAAAAAUUUGACGAUGGCUUAAUUUUUUUAAAAGCAGAGCAAACUUUUUUUUUCUCUCUCUUCCACUUGCAAAGCUGGUGUAUCGUAAUGUGAAAUAAAAUGGAGCUCCGUACAGAGUAUUAAUAAAGGCCAAGUUUUAAGAAA